ACUCCCAAGUUAGUUGUUAUUUGGCUGCGAGGCAGAUAAUUCUACAUCUAGAAAUCAGUCAAUUCAUUAUCAUUCUAUUGUGGAAAGAAAGUAACAGGACUCCUCUACGUGGUAAACAUAGUUAUAUUUCUAAAGGUGUUUCCAGGUAGCGGUAGCAUUAAAAGGUGACAUGUAUUGGAAGAUUUUGACAGCAGUUCUCUGCUUCUAUGCAGUUGUUCCUGUAGAACCUACUGCAUCCCCAGCAGCUCCCACAACAACUGGAAAUGCAACAACAACAGCCACAGCUGCCAACACCACAAUCACAGCUGCCAACAAUAUCACCAGAUCUGCCAACACUACAACCACAGCUGUCCCCACAACAGCCACAGCUGCCAACACUACAUCCACAUCUGCCAACAAUAUCACCACAUUUGCCAACACUACAACCACAGCUGUCCCCACAGAAGCCACAGCUGCCCCCACAACAACCACAGCCGCUCCAUCUACAACGCCCUCGCCCCCAGUUGUUUUGGACCUGGUAUUCAGCUCAGAUGAUGUUUUCAGUCCUGCUCUGACAAAUACCUCUUCACCUUUGUUCCAGAGUCUUGUAACGAAGACAAUUCAAGCGCUUGAGCCUCUGUUUAAGGAAAAUUUCCCAAACUUCAUAAGAAUGAUUGUGGUGGGUUUCAGGAGGGGUUCCAUCAUCACAGACGCCCAGCUGGAGUUUGCUGCCGCUAACACAACUGCUAAUGCGACCACACCUUUUGCUGAUGCAGUGGCUACUACUCUGAAGGCUGCGAUCACCAAUGGAAGUUUGAGUAUCAACAUCUCAGCCAAUUUCAAGAUUACUGUAGAACCUUCUCCAUCCACAGCAGCUCCCACCACAACUGGAAAUUCAACAGCAACAGCCACAUCUGCCAACACUACAACCACAGUGGUCCCCACAACAGCCACAGUUGCCAACGCUACAACCACAGCUGCAAAAACUACAACAGCAGCUGCCCCCAAAACAACCACAGCUGCUCCAACUACAACUCCCUCGCCCCCAGUUAUUUUUGACCUGGAAUUCAGAUCAGAUGAUGUUUUCAGUCCUGCUCUGACAAAUACCUCUUCACCUUUGUUCCAGAGUCUUGUAACGAAGACAAUUCAAGCGCUUGAGCCUCUGUUUAAGACACAUUUCCCAAACUUCAUAAGAAUGAUUGUGUUGGGUUUCAGGAGUGGUUCCAUCAUCACAGACACCCAGCUGGAGUUUGCUGCCGUUAACACAACUGCUAAUGCGACCACACCUUUUGCUGAUGCUGUGGCUACUACUCUGAAGGCUGCGAUCACCAAUGGAAGUUUGAGUAUCAACAUCUCAGCCAUUUUCAAGAUUACUGUAAAACCGACUCCAUCCGCAGCAUCUCCCACCACAACUGGAAAUGCAAAAAAAACAACCACACCUGUACCUACAACAACCACAGCUGUCAAAACCACAACCACAGCUGCCAACACUACAACCACAGCUGUCCCCAAAACAGCCACAGCUGCCAACACUACAUAUACAUCUGCCAAAACCACAACAAAAGCUGCCAAAAAUAUCACCACAGCUGCCAACAAUAUCACCACAGCUGCCCCCACUACAACCACAGCUGCCAACACUGCAACCACAGCUGUCCCCAAAACAACCACAGCUGCCCCCACUACAACCACAGCAGCUCCAACUACAACACCCUCGCCAGCAUUUGUUUUGAAGCUGGUAUUCAGAUCAGAUGAUGUUUUCAGUCCUGCUCUGACAAAUACCUCUUCACCUUUGUUCCAGAGUCUGGUAAUGAAGACAAUUAAAGCGCUUGAGCCUCUGUUUAAGGCACAUUUCCCAAACUUCAUAAGAAUGAUUGUGUUGGGUUUCAGGAGGGGUUCCAUCAUCACAGACGCCCAGCUGGAGUUUGCUGCCGUUAACACAACUGCUAAUGCGACCACACCUUUUGCUGAUGCUGUGGCUACUACUCUGAAGGCUGCGAUCACCAAUGGAAGUUUGAGUAUCAACAUCUCAACCAAUUUCAAUAUUACUGUCCUAGCUAAUCCAACGACAGCAGCUCCCACAACAACCACAGCUGCCCCAUUAACUACCACAGCUGCUCCCACAACUACCACCCGUGCACCAACAACAACUACAGCUGCCGUUGCCCCGACGACCACCGCAGCCCCAAAUGUUUUGCUUCUAGAGUUCAGUUCAGAUGAGACCUUUACCGAAACUCUCUCAAACAACGCCUCACAAGCUUUCCGGGAUCGGGCUACUACUAUAAAAAACGAGAUUGAGCCAGUCUAUCGCAAAGUCUUUAGAAGUUUCAUUCAGCUUGUUGUGUUGAGUUUCAAACGUGGUUCCAUCAUCACAAGCUGCAGAAUGGAGUUUGGACUUACUGGUAACGGGAUUGCACCCACUGCUGAUAUGGUGAAAAAGGUUCUGGUGGAUGAAGUCAACAACGGGAAUUUAAAUAUCCGUGUCAAUGCCAGCUCCAUCGUUGUCAACGUUCUCAGCUCAUCCAUGUCUCCAGUGGUAAACAGUGUGUUCUCCUCUUUUGGAAUGACCCUGGUUUUCCUGCUGCUGUCUGCUGCAAUGCACAGACUUUAAGACCAGGACAAACCAUUUUUCCAGUGAAAUUUGUCUAUAGCAUAUGCAUAUUAGGAUCCAGCCAUCAGCUGUUGUUAUGUGAAGUCAUCACAUCAAAGAGAAAAGAGCUCUAUCAUUCAAAUGAAAUUAUAUUAGUUUAAUCCUAGAUGCUCUUUAAAGUAAUGUUAAACCUAUUGUACAGGAAUGGAUGCGUAAGUAGACUUCGUUUGUUUGGUUAUAGCCCAUAGUAAAAUAUGAUGUAGAGCACGUUUGAAAAUACAUUGAGUGUGUGUAUAGAGUAAACCUUUUUAGUGGAUUGAAUUUCAAUAUGGAGUUAAUGAAGGAAGGGCCAACAAUGAAACCCGACCUGAAGAUAAUCCCAAUCAUCAAAAUCACCCAUUAUCGCUAUUGUGAGAAUAUGUCUGCGUUAAUACAAUUAUCCCUUGUGUUUACUGUUGAUUUGAUUAAAAUAAAAAGGAAACUUUGGAAGAA